UCCCGAAUGCGCAUUGGCUUUCCUCAGAAUUUCAUUCCAUAUCGUUUUGUUCUUGACUAAGGUUUUUCAAUUUGUCACGUUAAUAGCUUUCAAAUCUUUUUCUUCCGAGAUGGCCCUAACGAUCGCUAUUGAUGAGGACUAUGGCUAUGUUAUAGUUGUCGGUGUUUUAUCCAUGCUGUUUGGUUAUGGAUUAGGAGCUAAUGUCUUCUUCGCUCGAAAGAGGUUCGGAAUAAAGUAUCCUGCCAUGUAUAGUGAUACAAAUAUGCAAUUCAACUGCAUGCAGAGGGUGCAUGCUAAUUAUCUCGAGAUGUUUCCAACAUUCUUAGCUUUGCUUUUUUGUGGAGGUCUCGCCCAUCCAUUUUAUUGUGCCAUAGCAGGACUCAUAUAUUUGCUAGGAAGACUUGUGUAUUCCAUCGGAUACAGUAGUGGCGAUCCCCAGAAGAGACUUUUCGGCUUAUUUAUGUACCUGGGACUGAUUUAUCUGCUCUAUAGUACACUAGAACUGGCCUUGAGAUUGAUGCGAUGGAUUUAACAAAAGGUUUUUCAUGUUCAUUUCAUUGUCUUGCGCAGGUUUUCAUCUAUUUGUAAAUUAUAAAUGUUUCGAAUGUAUUGUAAAUUAGUGUUGUUUCAAAUGAAUUAUUAAAUAAUGAUUAUAUAUCAAACAUAUUUCAAAUGUAUUACAAACUAUUGAUUGUAAAUUAUUAAUAUUCAAAUUGCAGUUCAGUGAUGUGAAUUAUUGAUAUUUCAAACGUACUGAAAAUUGAUCAUUAUAAAUUAGUGUUGUUUCAAAUACAAUGUAAACUCAUAUUUAUAAAUAGUUGAUGUUUCAAAUGCAUGGUAAAUUGAUAUUUAUAAAUCCUU